UUCACAAUCGUACUUCUCUUGACUUCUCUGUGGUUGUCUGUGGUUAAAGUAAGGUUAGGUUUACAUAAAGACGUGAGACAACACGUGAGAACGAUUUCUAUUUCUUCGGAGCAGUUUUGUAUUACUUGAAAAUAUGGGUCGGAAAAAAAGAACGAAAAUGCCUGCUAAUAAAGAGGACAUUGAUGAUAUGGAAGACGACAAUAUCGAAGAUGUGGACAUCAAUGCUGUGACGGAUUCAGAAGAAGAAUAUACAGAAACUGAAAAGAAAUUGCUGGAAAAAGUACGGAAACAACGUACCACUGAGAAUUUUGAUAGCGACGACGAGGUUUAUGGGUUGCAAAGUGACAGUGAGGAGGAAGAGAAAGAUGAGGAAGACGAUCAGCAAGACUUAAUGGAAUCCGAUAUCGAAGGGAUGCAAGAGGAUGACGAUAUGCCAAAUGACAGGGCUUGGGGUAGUAAAGCAAAAGCUUUUUACUCGUCGGAUUUCAAGUAUACAGAUUAUGCAUCGGCACCCCAAAAAGACUUAAUCAAUGCAGAGAUGGAGGAGGAAGAAGGAAAGAGGCUGCAUUUGAGAUCAAUGGAACAGCAUUUAGCUCCUGAUGUUUCAGAUUUUAGUAGAAAUAAAGUAGCUACAAUUACAGAGGACAGCAAAGUUGUCCAAGAGGACACUAAACAAAUGUCUGACAAGGAAUCUUUUACAAUCAUGAUUGAUACUUUUAAAGAAUGCAUGAUAGAAGCAAAGGAUAUUUUGGCGCCCUUUCUCGAAUUGGUCAAGGAUGGAACGUGUCCUGAAUGCAAUGCAGUAGCUUUCGCCAGAACCAAAUAUGAGAUUAUAUUAAAUUAUUGUACAAAUAUCUCAUUUUGUUUACUGCUGAGAGCCAAAGGAAAAUCAGUGAAAUCGCAUCCAGUUGUAAAACGUUUGGAGCAGUACCGUCAACUACUCGAUCAAUUGCAGUCAGAGCAGGGAAACUUGUUGGAACAAAUGACAGAGAUACUAAAAGCAGUUAAAGAAGGCAAGCCACUUUACAGCAUAUCAAAUGGUUCUCAGAUACAAGCUAGCAAUAAAAAGGCACCAAAACUUAUUAGCUUGACUAAAAAGCUGGAACAUAAAAAAGAAAAGCCAGUUAUGCAAGAAGAAAAGUUACUGUUUGACAGUAUGGAUGAAGAAGCAAGCAUGGAAGAUCUAGAUGCCGAAAUGCACGAUGAAUUUGUAGCUGACGAAAAAGAUAACACUAUUGUAAAUACUGUAAACGAAGAAGCUAAGAGAGCGAUAACGUACCAAAUUGCGAAGAACAGGGGUCUUACACCUUAUCGCAAGAAAGAAUUGCGCAAUCCACGAGUGAAGCAUAGAAACAAAUAUCGUAAAGCCAAGAUUCGCAGAAAGGGCGCGGUAAGAGAAGUGAGAAACGAACUGACUCGUUACUCAGGGGAGAUCUCAGGUAUCAAAGCAGGUGUAAAGAAAGGCAUUAAAUUAAAAUAAUUAAAAAAUUUUAUCUGCUAUAGAUUAUUCUUUUAUAUAUAAUCUGUUAAGUAAAUAUUCUUUUUCGAAUAAAUAAGUAUUCUUUGUUUUAACUGGAUUUUAAUUUCUUAUUGUACAAUUUCUAAAACCAAUUGUUUCAAUUAGACAAGUAAGUUUUCUAUGUUUUGUCUGAAAAUUAUCAGCAAUGAUUAAUCACCUCAUAACUGAUAUAUGUAAUUAGAUGUACAAUGUAAUAAACAUAAAUGAAAUACCU